AGGAAGGGGCAAAUCCUAAGCCACGGCUGGGUCGGGACUGGGGCCCGGAGAGAGGAGGGAUAUCCCAGCCUGGGCCGCGAAGGGACCGGGCGGCGGAAGGAGAGGGGUGGGGCUUGAAUGAAACGGCCCGAGGGGGCGGGGCUAACUCCCCGCCGCAGACUACGGCCUGUCCCAACCUUAGGCGGGCUGUGGCCUCUGCGCGUCCGGGACCGGCUUUCCUACCUGCUCUUCUCGGUGUCUUGGGUCUGUCAGCCCCGCUGCCGGCCUCUCGAGGUCUCUGUCGGCCUGCUUCUUUACUUUUCGUGCUUUGUGUCCGCGUCCGCAGUCCCUUUCCUGUCUCCCCAGCGUUGGUCAUUCUCCCAGGCUUCAGUGUCCGAGACGUGAGGGCUUGACCCCGCGCCCAGACCUACCCCAAGAGAGAUGGAGGAGCCGGGGUCCCGCGCAGAGGUCAUGGAAGAAAUGACAUCGUGCUCCUUCAACAGCCCUCUGUUCCAGCAGGAGGACAAGAGAGGGGUCACCUACCGGAUCCCAGCCUUGCUCUAUGUGCCCCCUACCCACACCUUCCUGGCCUUUGCAGAGAAGCGCUCCUCGAGCAGGGAUGAGGAUGCUCUCCACCUGGUGCUGAGGCGAGGGUUGAGGACUGGGCACUCAGUACAGUGGGAACCCCUGAAGCCACUGAUGGAAGCCACAUUACCUGGGCAUCGGACCAUGAACCCCUGUCCUGUGUGGGAGCAGAAGAGUGGCCGUGUGUACCUAUUCUUCAUCUGUGUGCGGGGCCAUGUCACUGAGCGUCGACAGAUUGUGUCAGGCAGGAAUGCUGCCCGCCUCUGCUUCAUCUGCAGUCAGGAUGCUGGCUAUUCAUGGAGCGAGGUGAGGGACCUGACCGAGGAGGUCAUUGGCCCAGAGGUGGAGCACUGGGCCACGUUUGCUGUGGGCCCAGGUCAUGGCAUCCAGCUGCAGUCGGGGAGGCUGAUCAUCCCUGCAUACGCCUACUACAUCCCUUACCGGUUCUUUUGCUUUCGGCUACCAUAUAAAGCCAGGCCUCAUUCCCUGAUGAUCUAUAGUGAUGACCUAGGAGCCACAUGGCACCAUGGCAGGCUUAUUAAGCCCAUGGUGACAGUGGAGUGCGAAGUGGCAGAGGUAACUGGGAAGGCUGGCCACGCUGUGCUGUAUUGCAGUGCCCGGACACCAAACAGGUGCCGGGCGGAGGCUCUCAGCACCGACCACGGUGAAUGCUUUCAGAAACCAGCUCUGAGCCAACAGCUCUGUGAGCCCCCUCAUGGCUGCCAAGGCAGUGUGGUGAGUUUCCGGUCCCUGGAGAUCCCAAACGGGUGCCAGCACCCUGCUGGCAAAGAUGCUCCUACCAUUCAGCAGAGCCAUCUGCUGGACAGCUCACUGAGGGUAGAGCCAGAAGCUAGAACCCUGUCAGAAUCAUGGCUCUUGUACUCACACCCAACCAGUAAGAACCGGAGGGCCGACCUAGGCAUCUAUCUCAACCAGAGCCCGUUGGAGGCUGCCUGCUGGUCCCGUCCCUGGAUCUUGCACUGCGGGCCCUGUGGCUACUCUGAUUUGGCGGCUCUGGAGAAGGAGGGCUUGUUUGGGUGUUUGUUUGAAUGUGGGACCAAGCGGGAGUGUGAGCAGAUUGCCUUCCGCCUGUUUACAGACCGAGAGGUCCUGAGCCACGUGCAAGGGGACAGUACCAGCCCUGGUAGGAACUCUGAGCCAACUCAAAACUGAUUGGCUUAGGACCCAACUUCCCAUCGAAGGGCUACCAUAGGAGGCAACCACAGCCAGGACAGUGGAGGCCAGGGUAACAGAGGUUACUGAAGUCUGCAGAGAAUCCAAAAACGUAAUAUUCUGCUCCCUACCUUCCUUCACUUCUCCAAAGAGCAAAACGAAAAUUUUGCCAUAGCUACUGCAGUCGAGAGGGCGCUGAAGUGUGAGUUGAGAGACCAUGAUGCAGUCCUGGCUUUUCCACUGGCUUGCUUUGGGACCUUGGGCAUGUCACCUGUACUCUGUGGGCCUCAGGUCUCCAUCUGUAAAAUGAGAGGAUUGGGUUUGUGGUUUCUCUUCUUCCCAUCCCUAGGAAAGGCAGAGCGCCUGCAUGCUCCCUGAUCAGCAAGUCCUGGCUGCAUAUAGGACUCUUAUCUCAAAAUGGAAGUCAGAGGACUCAGCUUUUCAAAUGACUCGCCACUCAUCCAAGUAUGAGGUUGCAAGCAGGUGUCAUGGCACAAAGGAAGAUGUGGGUGGAUUGUUCUGUUUUUAAUAACAAAAACACACACAUCCUUCUAAUCAUGCUCAGAGCUCUACAGGCUCACUGUUCUAGAGGAAUUGGGCAAAAUAGUAGAAUCAUGAGGUCACUUACCUUCUCCAGCUUUGCAGCUCUACUCAACCUUCCCUUAUCCAGAAAGCAUUAUCUCCUAGGGAGAAAAUGAGAAGCUCAAUGUCAGUGGUCCUUGAUGAUGGUACUUAUUGUUUCUGAUGGCAUGACUCCUAUGAAGGAUCAACUUGAAGUUCAUUUAUUAGGAUAGUUCUUGAUGGGAAAUGGACAUGGGUUAGGACUUUAAAGCAUUGGACAAAACUUCCCACAGUCUCUGCCCUCAAGGAGUUCACAGUUUAUGGGGCUAGAAGAGGGAGAAAAGCCAAGAAAAUAAAUGCAGCUGGUAGGGUAGGUUGUAGAUGCUGGGCUGUAACUUGGGGUGAUGGUAGCUCCUGAUGUCACUGUCUUAGUUGUAUCCUCAUUGUGCCUGGAGUCAUCUGCCCCAGAGCUUGCCCAGGCUGCUGGCUUUCUCAGUUUGCUUGUCUCAGAAUGUUGUCCUGGCCCAGCCACUCCUUUACCCAUGGAGAAGGUCUUCACCAUUAGGAAGGUCUCUGGACUCCCAAAGCUCUGAAUCAGGCGUAUUUGUUCGGACCUACUGGAAUCACUGUUGGGGAAGUAGGGAUGCCUCUUUGUCUAAUAGAUUUGGGGCUGAACUUUGCCCGUGCUGGUUCUCUCAGACGAAAGCAGAUGGUCGCUCUUACUUUUGAUUGUUUCCCCCAUGAGCCUGUUACUGUGACAGAUAUUCUGUCAUGAGAGAUAUCUUUUUUUGUCCCUAUUUUGGGCGGAUAAUGCCGUAAACAGGCAUCAGGUAAAUAUAUUUCGUGCUGAGUAAUGACCCUGGAGAGCAAGUCUUAGUCAUGGAACACAGCCUAGGAGGCUAGGGGUUGCAGUCAUACCAGUCAGAUGGCAGAGAGUCCUACAGGAUGGAAGUAGAGAUUAACUUCACCUACUUUAGCGUAUGGCUUAAGCCCAGGGCUUAGAGGGGCUUUUAAAAAUCCCCUUAGCCUCUCAUACAUUUGCUGAAGUUAUCUUCCCAAUACACAGUUAUGAUUAUUCAUUCACUCAUUUAUACAUUUAUCUAAAUAUUUCUAUAAUUGAGGGUCUAGGCAUAAUGUGAGAUACUUUCUAUUGCCACUCCCUGGUUGAAAAUCAUUCGUGGCUCCUAAUUGCCUACUAAAGGGUGUUUACAUUUAUCCUGGCCUGUAGGACCUUCAGUUGUUGGGUGAAAUAAUGAAUACUCAUCUGUACUUCUUUAUAUUGAAGCCACUAUAAGAGAAGGCCUCUGUCAGGUUGGCAAGUGGAGGGGAUGGGGCUUUGGGAGUGGGCGGAGUCGGUGGUACAGGGAGGAGCUGGGGAGGGGAGAGGACUGAAGGGCAGUCCCCUCCUGACUAGUGGAAGCUCCAUGUUCAGCAAAGCUGUCAUGGGCACCAUACCCCAAAUAGACAGGAAUAGGGAAGGUGGCUAAGUUCUAAAACCAGAGCUAAAGGAUGGAGAAAAUGAGAAUACGAAGACUUCUUUGGGGCCAUCCAAGAAGGGAGUCGAAGAAGGGAGCUCAGUCACAUGAGUCAGUGUGGACCACAGAUGUCCAGUUCUCGUAAGAAGUCCAUCCAUCUCUAAAUUGCCCUCCCCUUUCUCCUUCCCCUUUGCUUCAUGUUUGCUUCUCUUUGGUGCCUAGCAAUGAAACUCUUAAUAGGCGCAGGGGCUAUGUGCAUAUUUCACAAAUAGCCACAAAUGAGGACUGGGGACAGGGGUAAUCCGGAAUGAGGAUUAGAGAGAGGAACAGAGGGGUGAUGGCAGCUGUGAAGGAAAAGAACAACAGGUAGGAGUCCUAACACCUUUAGGAAGGGAGAGAAAGGGGUGCAAACAUGAAGCCCAGGCUGGAGAGAUGGUGUAGGUGGUGGCCGCUGUGAAGAAGAAAUGACAACAGGCUGCAGCUAGUCCCCGAAAUGUGUGGGAAGGGAAAGAGGCCCACACUUGUUAGGCUGCAGACAAGUUCCGACCCAGCCCUGUAACUUUAAGCUGUCUCUGUGCCAGGUGACCAACAAAAACAGCUGCAGGCACUCCAACUCUGUUAGUGUCAGUUACCCAAGGUCUUCAGGGCCCUGGGACCUAUACCAUGAUACUGGCCCCCUAACUGAGCCCAUUUCAGCCACUGUCAGGUUGGGAGAAUGGAAAAGAUAGGGCAGGUGAUGGCAGCUGUGAAGAAAAGAAGGAAAAGGAAGAAAAGAGGAAAGCAGACUGGAGGUCGCUAAUCUAGCGCAUGAAGAGAGGACUGUGUAGACUGUGGUCCUUUGACCCCAGAGGCCGUCCUGGUUCACUCACUCCUAGGCUCCUAACCUUUACCAUGGGCCCUCGUUAUUUGGACCUGUUCCUCCUGGUCACCAGUCUCCCCUCAGAUAUCCACAGGACGUCAUGCAGCUGCAUCCACAGAUAAGAGACCUUGCACCCUGCCUGUUGAGCAGCCCAAGGGACCUACAGAGGUCAGCCGGAGGCUGCACAAUCCCCUCCCCGAGGCAGUAGGAUUCACUACUUCCACUUAGGCCAGAUUAGGCUACUCAGUCUUCUCUGAUAAGCUGUGAAAUUUCCCCACUGUGUCAUCCACUGGCUGUUGUGUCAUCCUUCCCUGUGCUGCCAGAGCACACGGCCUGAGCCUCUCUUUGGUCCUUAUCACAGGCUGCCCCGUGUUACUGUCCGUGUUGCUACCUAGCCUAGGCCUCUGCUAGGCUGUGAACUCCUCGAGGGCCAAGUUUGUCUGACUGCUUUCUGCAUCCUUUUUACCUUGAGUCACAACGACUUACUUAUAAAUACAUGAUUUUUCUUUCAUAUUCUGAAUUCCCUGAAAGUAAGGACUGUGUCUGACUCCUCUCUUUGUCCUCUGCACCCGGCACAGGGCCUGGCACAGAAUAGACAGCAGUAAAGUUACGCUGAAUGGACAAUAAGUCAAAGGCCCUUGGCCUUCCGGAGCUAAGUGAGAGGCCAGGGCAAGUUUCCCCAAGGGAGAAGCAUGUUGUGUCCCUCGGUGGCUUGCACUCUCAGCCUGCUGAGCACUUGUCCUAAAUGAGUCUUCUCUGUGGGGGCCUGUAUCCAGGCCAGUCACAGUACUUCCUGGGAAUGAGCUGCUCUCUGGCUUGAGCUUGGUCCUGCCUGGAGGUCCCAGGUUCACAGCCCAAGUCUAAAGCCAAGCCUUGACCUGGGGUUCCCAUUUCACUGGCAUGUCCCCUCUGUCCCUGAUUGGGUUUUCUGUAACUGUCACUCCUCCAGGGAGAUGCUGGGGCUCAGCGUGUUUGAGCGUGCCUUGGUUCUGUGCUACCACGUGCCAGAAAUGCUCUCUGUACUGUAAGAACUACCAUGACUCUUUGAAACAAGGAAGGUGAAUAAAGAGCUUUAUUCU